AUGUGCGCCGGUGCUAUCUACUGGUCUCAGGUCGGCCGGGUCGUCUUCGGUGCCAGCAGUGAGGACUUGGUGCAGCUGUCUGGCCCUGGUGGCUUCGAUGUGCCCCUCGAGCUGAGUCUUGACAGGAAGCUGUACAGCAUGGGCCGCGAGGGCACCCGCAAGAUCGAGAUCCAUGGAGGCGAUGAAGAUCCAUUCUGCCAGCGGCUGCUGGCGCGGAAAGACGCGCUGCAGGCAAAGCCGCAGACAAUCCUACUCUUUGGCGCGAACACAAUGAGCAUCGCAUCGCUGCUAUCGGUUUUCUUGAUCGUCGGCCUUGGCUCGGAUGUCGUCUUUGUCUACACCGACUUCUGGGCAGACUCUGCACUCCGCAAGGAAAACUUUGGCAGCCGCAUGACCUGGACCUUGAUCCACGCGGGCAAGGCGUCGUUGGCCACUUCGGUCACGACGGCGCUGUCCUUCUUCGCGAAUUUGGCCUCAGUGCUGAAGCCUUUGCGCGAGUUUGGAUUCUUCAUGGGCCUCUGUGUCGUGGUGUGCUGGGUCUUGCUCAGCCUCAUUUACCUGCCGCUCUGCAUGCUGACGGAGUAUUGGUGUGGCAGGAGCAAGUCCCGAUGUGCGAGCUUUACAGCUGCUUUCAGGACAGAUCUCAAGGAAGCAAUGUCGUCCGUCAGGUUCUGGAAGUCAUCGACGCUUGGCUUCAAUACGAAUCCGCCUGGUGGCUACACCAGAUGCUUGCAGAGGGCCAAGCGCAGCCUGGCUCUGUUUCCAAUUGUCGUCUCUCUCGGCCUGGCUGCCUGGGGCGCGAUGGUCUUCGAGGUGGAUUCGGGCGUGCCCAGCAUCUUCCCGGCAGAUCACAACCUCAACCGUGGGCAGCAGAUCUUCGCCACCUUCAACGAUGCCAACCAGGUUUUCAAUCCAUUGUGGACCAUCGAUACACCGCAGGUUAGUGUUUGCAACGAUGCCAUGUUUGCGUGGCUUGGCCCGGCCUAUGAGCACGACAUACACUCCAGCAAGCUGGCGAAGACCUCAGUGAAUCACGGGCUCGCGGCGUAUCAAGCCGUUCUGGCUCAUCCUGUCGCCCGGCAUAGUUCCGUGCUCCUGCGGAAUGUGCAGUUUCACCACCUUCCCAUCCAGAUGCGCCGUGGCCGACUACCUCGCAAGCGCGGAGGGGAUGCAAAUGACGUCUGCCCAGCGGCAGAGCAUGCAGAGGCCAACAUCCAGUCGCCACGGGGAGUCGAAGUCGAAGCCCAGGUCUUUCGUGGCACGGAGUGGGAGCGAGGGGUGAAGGAGGUGCGCGAGAUUACCGAGGCACUGGAAGAGCAAAGUGGUCGGCCGCCUGCAGCGGGAGAGCCAGAACAGCUCUUCCUGCGGCUUCCAGGACAUGUGCUUUUGCACAACUUGGCCCUGCAAAAUGUUGGGCACUGGAUGGCAGCAGGCCCACGUGUACAACUGCACCAGUUGUAUGAUGGUGUCACGCAGUUCAGGGCGUCUCAAGAGGGCAGAGCCAUGGACAGGAUGGGUCACGUGGGUGACCUCAACUUUACCACCAGACGCCUACAGUCCGGGCUGCCCAAGACUCAUGCUCGAGGUCGGUUCGGCCCACAAGCGGCCGUGAAAUCAGAGGCUGCCGAGGCGCUGCAGGCUGGACCGCUGGUUCGGAGCCCUCCGACCGAGGCAGACUUCGGCGAGGAGGCUAGUGCGCAGCCGCGCUGGCUGCAGAACCUGAGUCCAGCGGAAUGGACUGUCGCGCCUGCAAACCGAGCCGCCGUCGACAUUAUCUUCGGGAUCGAGGUCACCACGUCGGCCAAACUCUUGGGGGAGGUCGAUUUGGAGAACGGCUGGCAAUUCGCAGAGUUACACCAGGUGAGCCAGCCAUGGGCGCAGCGCAACAUGUACAGUUUCUGCACCAGCAUGCCGCGGGAACUCCGUGUUGUGGAGCGCAAGUGCUGGAUGGAGGACUUCCGGGCCUAUCUGCUGAAUCGUGGAGAUCGCUUCCCCAUCAUCCCGUCGCAGUUUGAGCAGCAGAUCAUUCCCUUUGCUGAGGCCACACAUCGCACAUCUGACGGUUUUGAUUUCCAAACUUCAGCUAGAAGUUCGCUCGACUACAUGUGGAUUCGCGACGGCAAGGUGAAAGCAUCGUACAUGCUGAUGAGCGUGGACUUCGAGCGCUAUGCUGACACCACGUCUGCGAUUGAGUACAAGAAGCUGUGGGACAAGUACCUCGAGGACUUCAAUUUAGAUGCCUCGAUCUACACCAAGGGAGCCUGGCAUACCUCCAGCCUCUGGGUGCGAGCAGAGGCGCAGUCGGCACUUAUUUCCAGUACGAUUCUGACCAUUGUGAUCGUGGUUGGCCUGGCGCUGCUGGGUAUGCUGGUCUUCACCCGGGACUGGAAGCUGUCGAUGCUCGUGGUGGCAUCAACCAUGUUGGUGGUCUGUAUUCUGUUCUGGUUCAUCGUGGUCGUCAUGGGCUGGCCGAUUGGAGCCAUCGAAGUGAUCGCGCUCAUCGUCUUCAUUGGCUAUGCGGUGACCUACUCCUUGCACAUCGCUCACAGGUAUGGCAGCGCUGAUGCACAGGACGCGCUUGUUGAUGUGACGGAUGCCGACGUCACGCGCUUCGUGCGCACGGUCUACGCCCUCGGCUCCAUUGGCCGGGCUGCGCUGGGGAGUGCCGCCACAACGGCGGGCUGCUCCAUCUUCUUGGUCUUCUGCACCCUGACCAUCUUCCAGAAGCUCGGAGGUGUGGUGCUCGUAGUUACCCUGAUGUCCAUCGGGGUGGCGCUUAUCCCACUGCCGGCCACACUUCUGUGGGUGUUUAUCGACGACGAGUGGCUCUUACAAGGCGUUUGGUUCAACCUGCUCACUACUCUGGGCUGCGUGCAUUCCAUGAUGUUCGGUACUUUUCAUAUGGAUUUCUUCAUGCAGCGAGGCCUUACUGCCCUGGAGGUCGCAGCAGUGCACAGCUUCUUUUCGAUCUGGAACCCUUUGAACGACAUCUUUGCGGGUUUGUUGGUGGACGAGUGGGUGCAGCGAGGCUUCGGCUCCCGGCUUCAGCUCGCUUUCUGGGCCCAGCUGGGCUACGCCUUGGCCUCUUGGUUCGCGUUUCAGGAUCUCUCUUCUAUGCCCGUUUGGCUCCACUACGCCCUGGCCAUCAGCUCCUCAGAUGGUUUUGCGGCCGUUGCAAGCGCUGUCAACGGCCUCGUGAUCAUCGAGCAGACAGAGGAAGAUCGCCAGAGGAUCCAGAUCCAGCGGAUCAAUUCCAUUUUCGGCUGCUGCGAGUGGCUUGUCAUGGCUUGUGCCUACUUUCUCUGGGAUGCAAGGCCCGCAAACUGCGGGCCCUUCCGGAGCUACCUGACCAUAGUCUGCCUGCUCUCCGUUGCAACCACCGCAAUGGCCGUGAAAGGGCUCCGGAAGUCGGCCACAAUGGGUGCCAAGCUGGGCGCCAAGGGCCGCCUGCGCAGUGGAGGGGAGACUUUCUGGCAGCGGGUUGUGGGGCAACGCGGCAACCAGGCAAGGGUGACCGUCGAGUUUUCACUCGGCACGGUGCGGAAGCAUCGGAACUUCUGGCGCUAUGCCCUCCUGACUGCUGCGCUUGAGGCAGAGGUAGUCUUCUUCCGUCAGUUUGAUGUCGUGCUGAUACGCGUGCUGUUGACUUCGUGGCCCUGGGCUUCAAAGCUGCUGCUCGUCGUUUGCGAUCCUCUCUGUGGCACAUUGUCAUUUGCUUUGACGUGGGUGGCGGAGAGGCCCCACAUGGGCAUCUACGGCGUCAGUUUGGUGGCGCUGAAAGCUCGGAUGUGCGUGUGCGUGGUGGCAGCAUCCGUGCUUGCACUGUCCUGCAUAACCCCGCAGGCAGAGAGUCAGGGUGGCGACGAUUUCAGGUCGAAUCUGCCUCUGUCUCUUCUGCUCGGACUGCUGAUGGUAGCAUGCCGCGCUGCUACGCGGCCUGCUACCUCUUUAGGCGGCAUUGUCUUCGCCUCGGUCAUUCAGGAGCACGGCCUGGUUGCCGAAGAGGCUCGGGAGAAAGGCUCCGCGGACGUUCCCUUGAAGACUGCCAAAGAGAUUGCGCAGAGGGCUGCUGAUGCCCCAAAGAGCGCAGCAGCGGUCGACGAGGCUGGUAAGUACUGGAUGCUCCGAGCGGCCCUGGUGAAGCCGCUGAACUCUCUGGGACCCGUCACUGGAAGUGCGGUGCUGGCAGCCGGAGGCUACAUUGAGUCAGAUGGCAGCACCCAGCACCUCACAUCGAAGCUGUGGUGGACAUGUGCAACGUUGCCGGUGGUCGUGUCGGCUCUGGUCUCUGCGAUUUCCCUCUCUGCCUGGUCUGCGUUCUCUCUCCAUGGGUCACGGCUUGAGGCUGUCAGGGCCAUGCGGCACUCGGCGGAGCAGAGCCUCUGA